ACCACCACUCACAUUUCUAACAGACGGCUAAUUUUUUGUGAUUAUCUUCUUAACUGCGAGACUUCGAAUUACGCUUUUUUCAUUUCAGAGGAAAGGAACAGAGACUCUUUCUCCGUCGGAUAGGAAAAAUAAAAUAAAUAAAAAAGGAAUUGGUUUGGUCAGAGGGGAGAAGAAUAGAAUGGUAAAGGUAAUCGAUUCACAUUACCUGACCAUCACCGCCAUUGUCACCGUGGUGUAUCAGUUCAUAUUCUUUGUAAUCACAGCUCUUCUCAAAUUCGAUCAAGUUACCGACUUUGCCGGAAGUAGUAAUUUCGUGAUACUUGCUGUCUUGACUCUUGUUCUCAAAGGCACUUGGCAUUUUCGUCAGGUAGUUUUGACUUCGCUAGUAAUCGUAUGGGGACUUCGUCUUGGAAUGUUCCUCCUUAUGCGGAUCCUGAAGUGGGGUGAAGACCGACGCUUUGAUGAAAUGCGUGAAAAUAUGGGGAAACUAGUUGUCUUUUGGACUCUUCAGGCCGUGUGGGUUUGGACAGUUAGUUUACCUGUUACUCUUGUUAAUGCAAGCAACGGUGGAAGAUUGUUUCAGCCCGCAGAUGUUAUUGGUUGGACUAUGUUUGUUGCAGGUUUCUUGGUUGAAGCUAUAGCUGAUCAACAAAAGCUUUUGUUUAAGAACCGUCAAGAAAAUAAAGGAAAAUGGUGCGAUGUUGGACUGUGGAAGUAUUCACGCCACCCAAACUACUUUGGAGAGAUGUUACUGUGGUGGGGCAUAUAUGUAGCGUCGUUGCCUGUUCUUAAAGGUGCAGAGUACCUUGUCAUAGUUGGUCCAAUCUUUCUCACUUUGCUGCUUUUCUUUGUUAGCGGCAUACCAUUACUCGAGGCAUCAGCGGACACAAAGUACGGUAACUUAGGAGCUUAUAGACACUAUAAGAAGACAACCAGUCCACUGAUUCUGUUACCGCGAGAAGUGUACGGGUACUUACCAAAGUGGUGUAAAACAGUCUUUCUCUUUGAGUUUCCAUUGUACAGCAAGAAUCUCCCUCAAGAAACUACAGUCUGAGGAAAAACUCAAAAAAGAAGCAUUGACUGAGGGAGAUGAAGAGAUAAUUACACUCUAUGGCCACAUGUCUCAUGAUUAAACUCUCUUUUUGUAUAGAUUCUCAUUGUCUUCAAAUAUUUGUGAAACGUGAUUGAUACAUUGACUGAGAAUACAAUUAAGAUUCAAGUCCAGCUUCAAAAAAUGUUGGAAGCAGGAACAUUACAAAUAGUAAUUUCUUUGAUCGUUUCUAACGAAAAAACUAAUGAAGGGAACUAUUAUUGAAAUUCUCUAAGGAAAUCACUGCACCUGAUCUGAGUUCACUUGAGGAAGGAUCACUGGAAUGAGAGAGUAAGAUGUAUAGUACCCAGAGAUGUAGGCAAACCAGAUACACCAAAGCCCAGAUUUUUGCAGUGGGGUUUCUACGCAAGAAGACAGUUCCAGAGACGAAUAUAGCGUUUAGUUGCAUCACUAACCAUCCCAAAUGUUUCUUGCCUGACCUGAUUUUGUCUUGGAAGGCUGGUUUAAACUUUGAUCCUGAGAGUUGCCAUUCUCCUGCUUCAAGAUCUUGGGACGAGGCUUCGGCUGCAGACAUACCUUUGUUUUCUUCUAUAAGCCUUGAUACAGCCUAGCAAAGAAUCGAAAUUGGGUUAUGUGUGAAGAACAUAUCUUUUCUUUUUGGGAGCAGAUUGGUGUGAGGGAUUCAUCAAUGUUACCUCGAUUCUAAACGAUAUAGUUGCUUUCUCCGAGGAAAGUGCUUCGACCUGGUAAAUUUAGCAAGAGAGUUGGAAGUUUUUAGAUUAAUUUUGUCUGAGUUCUCUUUACUUACAGAGAUCAUAUACCUGGGAUUGUUUUUGAAUAAGAUGGUCAGUUAGCUGGUCAAGUCUUCGUUUCAGUUCAAUUUCUACUUCUGUUGGUUCUUCGAGUUCUUUCCUCAUCGUACUGAUGUCUGCUUCCAGUUUACUUGCCUGGAGUUAUAACAAGGAAUCAAUGUCAAAAAGGAAAGAACAGUGAGAGGUGUGCAUGUAAUGAAAUCCUCAAGAAGAAACAGCCCAAAAGCUCUAUCAUAUAAGUCCCAACCUUUAAUAGAAAAUUAUACAGCUGCAUAUACCAUAUGAAACCUGAAUGACAAGUCAAUUAGGCAACUGUGGCUAGCUAACCUUAUCUUGUAACCACCCGAUU